GAGGAGAGAGGUUACAAACUUCUUUCCUCUCACAGAACAUCACUCUCCUACUGAGUGCACAAGGCUGAAGAUUCCUGCUGACUGCAGGUAUCUAUUGUUUUUUUUUUUAUAUGUAGGAAGUUGGCUGCAUCCUGUUUUGUUAGUGGCAAGCAUUGGGCUUGUGUGCAGGGAGGGAGAGGAUUCACCUGGUCUCACCUUUCAAAAGCUCUGCGAGUGUAGAUGCACUGUGCCAAUAAGAUCCUACCUCACACAGCCGCUGAGGCUUGGACCUAACCUUGGAGUGUCUAUGGACAUUCCCAUGCCCUCUCUGCUCCUAGCUCUGGGCGGGAAGACCCUGCUGAACUGGGCCGCGGUAUUUGUCCAGAGGAGGCACAUGUGCAGGAGUUUCCUGGGCACGUUCUGCAUGUCGCUGGCAGUGGCGGACACGCUGCUCUUCCUGUCCGUCUCCGCCAUCUUCCUCUUGGGAGACGUGCGUGUCUUGGGCCUGCGUGUCACCCGACACCACGUCUGUGCACUGGUCCACAUGGCCUGCCUGGCGUACAGCCUCCUGCACUGGCCUGUCCUCCUGCUGGCCGGCCUGGAUUAUUGGCGCACGCUGCCCCCCCGGCCUCGGCCCCCGGGCUGGGUCUGCCGGUACGGCUACCCCUUGGCCGCCUUCCUGGUGUGGACUGCGGUCCUCCUCCGCGUCCUCGGGGGUCCAGCCCCGGGCCUGGACCCAGAGCCGGGGGCCCACCUCUUGCCGUGGCGGUGCCGGGUGUAUCGCGGCCCCCAGAGCACGCAGAUGUGCACCGCAGUCCUUUUCCUGCUCGUGGUGGGAGCCUUGUUGUGCUGCUGUGUGAAGCUCGCGGAUUUUGUGGGGGCCAGGAGCCACAGCGCGGCAUUAGACCGCGUGUGGCUCGCCAUUUACCGGAGCCUGGCAAGCUUUCUUGGUGGCUGGCACGCCUUUGUGGUCCUGCUGGUGGCGCUGCUGCUGCUGAGGGUGGAGGUGCCGGGGUUCCUGGACAUGAAUGUGCCCUGGCUCUGUUUCCUUAACAGCUUCCUGAUCGGCACCGUGUCUGUGGGGUGUCCCCGCGACAGGGACCGUGUCAUCCCCGCAUUCCCAGACGGAUUCUGCGACUGGAGUUCCCUCGGGGCGGAGCCUCCAGAAGUAGACACUGACUCUCUGGAAUGCAAGCACUGCUUGCAGGACAUGGAUCGUUGAACACUGACAUGCCCGAACUCACAGGUGACAGGAAUGUGUGAUAUAGGCUCGCCUUUCCCCAGAUGGUUUUUGAAAAACACAUUUUCAAGAUUAAAUUCCAUAAUAAGACAAAAGCAAAUUUCCUUGGUGAUAUGACACUGAAAAACUGUAUCCGGAUGAGUGACUCUUUUUAGAAAUGCUUUCACGUGCUACUUUUUUUAUUUUGACCCUGCGAAGACAAAUCUGUGCAAUAAUUAAUUGUCCAGUCAGUGAGCAGCCAGUGAAUAAUCUGAAUAUGUGAACUCCACCAUGCUUGAAUUAAUGUGGUAAACACAAUUUUUUAGCUAUUUUAUUUUUGUAUUUCGAAUGCUAAUUCAUAAUUUUAUAUACACUUACUGAGCAUUUUAUUGGGGACACUUGUACACCUACUUAUUAUUGGGUGCAGACCAGCAACAGUGAUAGGCUAUUUGUGAAAAAAAAAAAGCUUCACAGGAAAUCAGUGGCAAAAGGACCUCAAUGUAAGCGGUAAUGUCAGGUUGUCAGAGACAAUGAUGUAAAUGUUGGUUGAUUCUGCACUGGAGCUUUUUACAGUUCCAGUUCUAGGUUUCAUGCUUCUCUCUUGCCCGCUCUCUGUAUGCAUGUGUGCAUGUAUAAAAUGUUUUUCAAUAACAAACUUGUCUGGACUGGACUGUUUUUGAGAUACAAUAUACAAGGCACAAGGAUUUCCUGCCUCCAAAGUUGCGGAGAAGUGAACGGGCAGCUACAGUAAACAAGCUAUAAUUAGCAGCUUCUGCCUUGGAAUCCCCUGUGUCUCCCAACUGUGGUUCGGAGACAGAAUCAGGAAAAAGCAACACCGUGAUUCAUGUCAUCUGUGAAGUUCUAAAAUGCAUAAAGGUUGAGGUCCUCACUUCACAAUUCAAAAUUAAAACAUGCAUUUGCCUCUGUAUUUGGCUGCAUUCAUCCAUCCCUCCAUUUGAACCAGUCUCCCUGUCCCUGCCACUGAGAAGCACCCCCAUAGCAUGAUGCUGCCAUCACAGGGCUUUACCGUAGAAAUGGUAAUAGCCAGGUGAUGACCAGUGCCUGGUGUUCACCAGACAUAGUGCUUGGAGUUACUUAUUUUUUAGGCCUUUUUCAGAUUUAUUGGACAGUAUAGUAUAGAGACACAGGAAGAAUGGGAGCGAGAGUGAGGGAAAGACAUGCGAGAAAUGUCAGACGGUCAGAUUCGAACCGCCGACGUCGCGGCUCACAAUGAGCAUGCGGUCAGUGCUCUACAGGCUGUGCCACCAAGACACCUACUCCCCAAAUUUUGUCUCAUCAGACCAGAUAAUCUUUUUCCUCAUGCUCUCUGAGUCCUUUAAAUGCCAUUUGGCAAACUCCAUAAAGGCCUGAUUGAUGGAGUGCUCCUGAGAUGUUCACCCUUCAGGCAGGUUCUCCCAUCUCUGCAGAGGACUUUCGAAGCUCUAUUACAGUGACCGUCACCUCCCUCAAAGCUUUAGAAAUGUUUUAUACCCUUGCCUCGCCCAUGCCUCACCGCAGAUUGACAAAGAGUUCCUUGGACUUCAUGGCUUGGUUUUUGUCCUGACAUGCAGUGUGAGUUGUGGGACCUUAUGUAAGCAGAUGUGUGCCUUUUUAAAUUAUGUCCAACCAAUUCAAUUUGCCACAAAUGGACUCUAAUUAGGUUCUAGACACAAGGAUACUUAAAGUUAUCACAAGGAUGCACCUGACCACAAUUUGGAGUGCCACACCAAAGUGUCUGAAUACUUAUGUAAAUGACAGAGUUUUUGAUUUGAAUACAUUUGCAAAACCUCUAAAAACAUGCUUUCACUUUCUCAUUAUGGGUCAUAGAGUGUUGAUUGAUGGGCAAAAUUGCAAUUUUAUCAAUUAAAAAUGAAAUCUACAACACCACAAAGUGUGCAAAAAGUAAAGGGGUCUGAAUACUCAUGCAUUCAAAGUCAAAAACUGAAAUCUUGA